UCCACAAAAAUAUAUUACAAAGAUUGUGAAAGCGACACGUUAUACUUAUAAUGAUUAUAAAUAAAGAAAAGCUAAAAAGAAUGACAGGUAGAAAGACAGAUCUAGAGAUCUAAGAGUAAGAAGAAUGUUGCUACAUUAGGAUAUAUAUACUACAAAUUAGGGUUCAUAAACAAUGCACACAAUAUAUAUAUACAUCUUUAAAUACGCUUAAUUAAAACUAAUUAAAAACUAAUACACGACACAUUCUAGCUACACAUCUAAUACACAUCACUUAUGCAUUGUACACAAAAACACAUUCCUUAAAAGUGCACACGCACUUGCAUGUAUGACGCAUUUUCUGUCGAUCUCUUACCUAUGUGGUUCGAUAUUGGAGAUGACAUUUUAUAUUUAACCACAGCCAAUUAAAAUUUGAGGUAUAAAAAACUGCGCCACAUAAUUCUGAUAAUUGAUACAUAUUUGAAUAAGUAUUUAUCAAUAAAGUAAACUUGUGACAAGAACAGAUAUACAUAUUACGUAACUAUUCACUACCAGAACACGCUUAAUAAAUGUACAGCAAAACUCAACAACGAACCAUUUUAUAACAAUGGAUCGGUCUCAUUACAAUCCGAUAUAAAAAAAAAAUCAACUCAGCGUUGUUUUUGUGGCGACGAUGUCGACAUGCGGGUAGAUGUAUUUGUGGGGCCCUCCCAUUAUCUCAAACUAAUAACCAAUCAGAUCAGACGAUCACUCCUUCUAAAAGGAUCGACAGAUUCUGGCAUCCGGGUAGUUUGUAUUUUUUUCAAAAUAAAUAUUGUUGAGGUACAGUUUGUUCUUAGUUCAUAUCAAAUCUUCCAACACAAGAACACGGAGGAGGACAGCGUCCAUAUAUCAUGGAAAACAGCACCAUAUUCACCUUCACAGAGAACGAUCUGAGGUUUGUUCUGUAUGGACAACACCUGAGCAGUGGAAACGGCCAUAAGGAUGUUUUGUAUCCUCCUUACCUACCACUCCCACACCAAGUAGCUAUUGCUCGUUCAACCCUACCAGGAGCGGGGUUUGGAGUGUUCGCCACAUCGCAGAUUAAACCUGGAACAGAGAUGGGACCAUAUGUGGGGACGAUAUUACAUCAUGGGGAUCUCGACGGUUUAGGAGAUAACACAAAAACAUGGGAGGUAUUUGACAAGGACGGGCGUGUGUUGUACUUCCUGGACGGUGGAACUAGGAAUCCUGCCAGCUGGCUGACCUUUGUCCAGUGUGCCCGAUCAGAACUCGAACAGAACCUAGAGGUAGUCCAAGCCGGAAAGGACAUAUAUUACCGAGCUUUACGAGACAUUGAACCAGAGGAGGAGCUUCUGGUUUGGUACGGUCGGUCACAGAACCUCUAUAUGGGUAUACCAGACCCAGAUAUGGAGGAGAUCAGUAGCAUGAAAGGCAACAACAAAUUGGUGGAGCUAGAGAGACGAUCUGAGGGAGAAGAAAGUGACACCACGACAGGAAAACUUCGCUGUGUACUAUGCAGACGUGGAUUUAAUUCUAGAAGUAAUCUUCGGUCACACAUGCGCAUUCACACUCUCGAAAAACCAUUCACUUGCAGAUUUUGUAACAGACGUUUCAGUCAAUCAUCGACUCUACGGAAUCAUGUUCGAUUACAUACAGGUGAGAAGCCAUACCGAUGUCAGAUAUGUACGAAUUCCUACUCCCAGUUGGCCGGUCUACGUGCGCACCAACGGAGCGCAAGACACAGGCCAAACACAUCAUAAAGCAUCGACUUGGGAUUCACCAUGGUCAAAAUCGACAAAUCUAUAUGCAAUAUAAACGAUACCAUGUUCGAUAAGUGGACAUUUAUUUAAAUGCAUAUUGUGCAGGAAAGCUAUGUGUCUGAAUAAUGAAUUGUGAGUGCAAACAAACAUAUGUACAUAAUAUAUAAACAUGUGAAAUCAAUCACACUCGAAAGAAUUUCAAACCUUCGAGAAAACAAAUAUGAUUUCAUGACAUAAGGUUUGGUUCUUCGGUCGAUUUUCCCAAAAAGACCAAAUGUAAUGUACAUAUAUUACCCCAAAGUAUUGGAAUAUAGCAGAGCAACUGACAAAGCACCCACUAGCUUUGUAGGAGACCAAGUGAACAAAUAUAUCUUACAGCCUUUUUGUGCCGCUUCACCCGAAGGAUUGUUACAUAAACAAUAUACAUUUGUAUUAGGAUUUGAUGUACACCAAUCUUGACACUGUGUGGUAUUUCUGGGUAGUGUUAUUUUGAAGAUUCUCAAGGUAAGACAGCCGGUAUACCAACACGAUAGUGUACACAUAUGUUAGUGCUUCAGCAGUACUAGAUUCAAAGGCAGCACAUUUCUUCGUUGUGUACAACUCGGUUGUGAAAUCAUAUAUGAUAAUGCAGUACUUACGUCUGUAUUUUCAUUAAAGGAUCAAUUUCGCGUAUAUUUGGCAUUUAAUUAAGUAUUGGACCAUGUGCUGUGUCAUUGUCAUCUUAUACUACUGUCAAACUGGACCAGGUUUACUGUGUUAUAGCUAUCUUAAUACAAAAUGUAAAUCGAAUAUAUCGAUCACCAAAGAACAUUAUACAAGUCUGCAUUUUAAGAGACAAUGCUCAAGCCUGCAGAGAAAUAUAUAUAUAUAUAUAUGUUUGCAUAUUAAGUAUGUUUUACGAUGAAUUGUUAUUUAAUUUUGUUUUCAAUUGUACAUGUUUUGUAAUAAAUUACGAUGCAACUUGAAUCCAAUCUUCUUUAUUAAUGUAACCCCCAAUUAACAACAAUAUAUAUUUAGAUUGUGAUUUUACGGAAUUCCUUAUUUCAGUUACAUCAAAAAGCUAAACCCGUCAUGAAAUAUGCUUGCUGAACAUCGGUGAACUUUGAUCAUUCAUUUUUUAAGAUGUAACAAUUCACAAUAUACAAAAGAUGUAUGUUGUUGUUGACAUAUCUAAUAACUGUUUUACAUCUAAGGUUACCAAAUUUAUCCUUAUGUAUACCAUAUACAAAUCCUCGUGGAUACAGUACACGUGUCAAUAAAUAGCUAGAUUAAGAAAAGCCAACACUCUUUUCUGUAAAGGCACAAUUGUUAAUGUAAUGAUAUAAACAACCUUGCUCACAAAAUAUUCGUUAAAGUAUUUAUUUUUGAUUGAAAUUACCUGCAGACGUCUUUGACAGUGUAAAAAAUGUUUAUAUUUAGUAUUCGAUGUUAAUCAUAAAUGAUUCUUGAAAAUUCGUCAUCAGUUAAUGUAUUUUUCUUGGGUCGAUAUAAUCAUGAACCGACCUCAUCAAAAGGCCAUGUUUAUAUGGCAUUGUCUGUCCGUACUAUUUUUUUCAAAUAUGAUA